UUUGUAAUAAAUAUAUAUGUAUGUGUAUUAUACAGAUGUAUAGUAUGUAUGUGUAUGUUUCUAAAUAUAACACAUCAGAGACACUGAUAAGGCUUCAUAGCGCAUGACUUAAUAUUUAUAUGUUUUCUCGCUUUCUCGCUAAAAAGCGAUUAAAAGGGAGAUGCUGUAGCGUAUGAUUUCAUAGACGUUGCUAGCGAAGGUUAACCGCUGAUGAAAACACGACGAGUACACCCUGUAAAAUGCGAAAGAAUUUGCAUGGUGAAUCAGCAACGACGGCAACUGCGAAACUAAGCGAAUUUCGCUUUAACUCGACAAAACUGUACACAAAGAUAAGCUCUAAUAUCAGCAUGCAAAAGCCAAAGCGAAGCURGAGAGGAGCGGUUUGAAAAUACUUUGAGCUGCAGUCAUAUACACACAUAUCGCUAACUGCAAAUUUGCAAUAAUUAUUUAAAUGUUUUAUGGGAAAUGAUUUAUAAACGUUCUUGUUGUUGCUAGUUUUAGGAAUUCUUGAGCAGAUAUGUAUACUCAGUGUGUUCAUGCCAAGGUACUCGCACGAAACAAUCCACAACGUUUGUUUAUCGUUGCCGAACAGUGAAUUAUGCAAAGAGCGAGACUUCAUACGAGUACAAGUUUGAUAAGCCAUCAAAAGCGUUUGCUACUUGAAUGUGAUGUAUUAACACACCCAGCACAUUCUCCAGAAGAAAGCUCAAACCUUCAGUUUGGAUACAUUGUAUUCGUACUCAGCCGCCAUAGUGAUCCCUUUCUGUUGUGAACGCGAACACGAACGGAUUGUUUCGAGAAACGCGAGUUAUGGAUUAAAACGGUUCUUUAUUAUUCUGUAGCAAGAAUCAGACUGACUCUGCCAUCAGAUCAGCAACUCGAGUCUGCCCCCAAUGUGUGGGUGUACCGCACAUUCCAACAGACUCAAAAUAUGCCGAGUGUGCUGUUUUGGUCACGUAUUGGCUGAUCAUGCGAUGUGGUGCACCACUGCAUGCCGUCAGUUGACGUAACCUGAGAUGUAACUCGCGCGUCAAACCAGUACAAACAUUCUUCUGUGGAAAUUAGAAAGAAUUAUUUGUAGAAAACUUUGUUAUUCUAUUGGAAACCAGUUUUUGUARACACAAGUGAGAAGAUGGCCAAAUACGUUGCGGACAAAGCGAUGUGCGGUGUCAGCCUGCGUAAUGCCUGCCGGGGCAUAUCGAUAUACUCUCUAGUCGCGGUGGUGCUGAACGUCAUAGCGCAUCCAAGUUAUUUGCACAAAACAUCUUUACUUGUAGGGUUCAUUAUUGAGCUGCUUGCCAAUUUGGCGCUGCUGUUCGGUGUUUUGUGGAGCAACGCUUGGCUGGUCUUGGUUUGGUUUGUCUUCGGCGUGCUGUUCUUCAUUAAUUGGCCCAUCGCAGUUUUGGGUGUAAUUUUCAAUUUUGGCGAUUAUCGCGCAGCUGCUUACGUCGACAAUGUGUUUCUCAUCCUAUUCGUAUAUAUACUGGCUUUGGUGAUUAAUGGCUACUUCUCAUAUCUCGUCUACUCCUACUUCCACCAAUUGCGGAAUAGGCUGUCAGCGCCACCACAUGGCUCAGCGACACCACAUGACGUUGUUGUGUAAAUACAUAUUUAAAUUAUGUACUUGCCCAUAUAAUGUGGUACAUACACAUACGUGCAACUAAUUAACAACGACUUGUCCCUAUAAAUUAAAUGACGAUUUGUAUAAAACUUUUAAGGGUAAAAAUGUAAAUUUAUUUGCAAUUAUCUUCUAUAAAAUUAUGGUCAGAUUUGACAAUUUCUUUUUUUGUAAUUCCGUUAUUCUUCGGAAGGACGAGUUAAUUACCCGCGAUUYAAAAAAGUAGACCCACAAGACGGCAAAUCAAGGAUAAAGCCAUUACUCUCUGAACGCAAUCAAAGCAGCCGCUGAGAGUUAGCAAAGAAAUACCGCCAUUGRACAGCAAAAGAGUGGAAAAGAUUAUUAAUUUUCGAUGAWAGCAAGAUGAAUAGGAUUUCUUUAGUUGGAAAAACUUAUGCCCGCAGGCCUCGAUGAAAGAAGUUGGACCCCAAAUACACUAGGCUAACUUUAACACAUGGUGGUGGUGGCUGCAUAAUGACUUGUGGUGCCAUAUCGUGGUGAGGUGUUGGG